UUAAGUUGACCUAUUGACAUCGAAACGUGAUAAAUAAUAAUUAUAUAUACUUAUGUAAAUAUAGUGUAUUCAGAGAUUCUAAGUUAUUGAGCGAUAACUCACUUGUGCCGUAGUGAAUUCAUUAAAAAAAAAAGUAUUAAAAAUAUAUAUUAGCAUGCGGGUGUUGCACAUUGUAGCGCUUGCAGCGCUGACUGUAGCGGUCAACUGCCGCACCACCACACGGCAGCAGGCGAUCGCACCAGUUUCUCCACAGAUUACGUCUCUCACUGACAAGGACAUCAAAAGAAAGGCCUCAGUUCAUCCGGCUUUUGCCAACGCUGGCCACCAAGCUGGAGUCGAAGUUUGGAGGAUAAAGGACUUCAACCCAGAACCGGUAUCACAGAAAGAUUACGGAAAAUUCUAUAAAGGUGAUUCCUAUAUAGUACUGAAGACAACAGCCGACAAAAAGAACAAGCUAUCCUGGGACAUCUACUACUGGAUUGGAAGCGAGUCAACGCAGGACGAGUCGGGUGCCUCGGCUAUACUCAGCGUAGGUCUGGAUGACAAAUUCAACGGCGCCGCUGUCCAGCACAGGGAGACUCAGGGCUACGAAAGUCAACAAUUCAAGGCACUGUUCCCGUCUGGUCUACAGUACCAAAGCGGCGGAUACCCGACAGCUUUCCGUCACGUGACUACCAACGCUGGGGCCGAGAAGCGGCUCAUCCAGGUUAAAGGAAGGAGAGACGUUAGAGUUCGUCAGGUGGACCCGAGCAUCUCCUCGAUGAACAAAGGCGACUGCUUCAUCCUGGAUGUAGACCACGACGUCUACAUAUACGUAGGUCCGAACUCGAGGAACGUGGAGAAGCUGAAGGCCGUAUCCGUCGCUAACCAGAUCAGGGACCAGGAUCACGCCGGCCGAGCUCGUGUCGAAACCAUUGACCAGUACUCGAGUGACGUGGACGUACAGAAGUUCUUCACUGCUCUUGGCUCCGGCACCAAAGACAGCGUGCCAGACGCGACCGCUGGCGGGGAUGAUCAGUCGUUCGUGACCAGCGAGGAGCAGAACGUGAUGCUGACAGAAGUGUCUGACAGCAGUGGCAAGCUGAAGUCGACUGCUGUCUCCAAGCCGUACAGACAGGAUCAACUGAAGCAACAGGAAGCAUAUAUAUUGGACACUAUCACCGGGGGAGUUUACGUGUGGAUCGGCAAACAGUCCACGGAAAGGGAAAGAAGUGAAGCUAUGUCAAAGGCUCAACAACUUUUGACGGCCAAAAGUUAUCCAUCUUGGGUACAAGUGAAGCGUAUACCUCAAGGCACAGAGCCAGCCAUUUUCAAGCAGUACUUCACAACAUGGCGGGACGUGAACAUGUCUCACACUAGGGUGAUCUAAAUUGCAUAAUACCCAAUGGUACAAUAAAGGAAAAUUCUAAAAAUAAUAAUAAACAAAAAAAAAAACUAAAAUAUUUGAAUAAAGAACUACAAUUGACUAUAAAUUCACAUUAAUUAAAAAUAUUUAUUAAGGUUCCUUCAGGGUCGGCGACACGCACGUGACACCCCUAGUGUUGCAGGCGUCCACAGGCUACAGUGACCGUUUACAAUCAGACGGGCUGUAAGCUUGUUUGCCACCGCUGUGGUAUAAAAAAAAAAAACUAAUUAUUUUUAAAAUAUUCGAGAAUUUUAUAGUGUGAAAUAAUUUAGUUUAAUUUGCAGUAAGUUUGUUUUAAUUACUUUUUUAAUUAAAUGUUUAAUUUGCAGUAAUUUAGUUUUAAUUACUUUUUUAAUUAAUGUUAUAAUAAAUUGCCUGCUGCUAUAUGUAUAUUUACUUUAAAAAAAUGUGUUUUUUUUAUAUUGUUUACUAUUAUUUAAAUAUAUUUCAUUGUAAUUUAAUUUUUAUUAAAUUCAUAUUUUAUUUA